UCGAAGCGCGAGUAACAGCCACCGUCAGGAGCUGACCGCCCUUCGCCCCACCGAACCGGCAGCGGCGCCUUUUUUUUCUGGUUCAUCGUCUGAUUCGGCGUCACGCUGCCUCCCGUCGUCGCCGCAUCGUCGACAACGAAGUGGGAUCGCUCUCCGGCACUACAUCAAACGGUUCGUGGCGCGCGAACGUGGGCUACGCGGAUAAAUCAAUCCUUUUUAUUUAUCGGCGGCGUCAAGAAAAACACGUCAACGCCAAACAGGUCAUGUUGACAGCUCCUUGAUACGAAUUCAAACAGGAUAUUAAAAAAACGAAUAUGUGGAUUUAUUCGUGAUCCGUGCCGGUCGAUUUAAUUGCCGAGGUUCUGUGCCGGUUUUGUUUACGCUGCUUUUCAAGAUGGCGUUGGGGCGCGUCAACGCGUCACGGAACAGAAACAGCUGGGGUCCUUGUGUCCGAGAUGCUCACCGGUACUCGGAAGAAGAGUAUGCGGAAGAGUGUACUGAGAGGAUGGUAUCAGCGCAAACGAGACAGCUCGACCCUUUGAAGGAGGACCUCGCUGACUGGCUAAACAAGAUCCUCGAGAUCGAUUACAUAAACCGCGAGAACUUCCUCGACGAGCUUGACAACGGGGUGAUCGUCUGCCACCUGGCGCAGGCCAUAUGCGACGCGGCGAAAAGGGCAGUGCGCUCGGGGUCGCUGAAAGGGGCGAUCCCGAACGUCCGCGGAAAAUGCUUUGAGAAGGCGAUGAGGAGGAGCUUCUUCUCGCGCGACAAUGUUGCAAAUUUUAUCAAGUUUUGUCGCUCGCUCGGCGUCCACGAGAAUCUCCUCUUCGAGAGCGACGACCUAGUGUUGCAUCACCAACCGCGCAACGUAAUCCUUUGCCUUCUGGAGGUGGCGCGGAUAGCGACCAGGUACGGAGUAGAACCCCCCGGGCUCGUUCAGCUUGAGAAGGAAAUCGUCGAGCAGGAGAGGAACAACUCCGGGGUCGAUUCCGGGUUAAGCUCGCUGCUCUCAUGGCAGUUCCAGGCGGCUCCUGCCCGCCCGACCGCCGCCUCGCCCGACUUUAAGAUGACCCACAGCCGAUCGACCUCGGCGAUCUCGUCAUACUUGGAGAGAUGGAACACAGGUCCCCAUGUGAUUCUGAUGGGAUCGGGGGCGGGGGAUAACGGUCUGGGUUCGUUGCCCACGGGGACCAGCGACGGGGUACCCAGCGACCAUACCGAAGACGAAGAAUGGUCGAGGGGCAGCGGGGAAGACCCCGAUUUGGAUGUGGUCGACAUGGUAAAGACAGAGGGGGGUGGCGGUGGAGACACCCCGACAAAGCACUUCACCACCGAGCUUGACCGCAAGGUGCAACUAGCCGCGAAGCUCGUCCAGCGAGGAUGCAGCUGCGCGGGCGCCAAAUGUGACAAGUUGAGGGUGCAAAAGGUCGGCGAGGGCAAAUACAACAUCGCCGGCAAGAAUGUGUUCGUGAGACUACUAAAGGGGCGGCACAUGAUGGUCAGGGUGGGGGGCGGUUGGGACACCCUCGACCAUUUUCUGUUGCGACAUGACCCCUGCCAGGUACACGAUUUUACACAUUUCGAGAGCGUCGUUGACCGUUGCAGGAUCGGGACAAAGAGAACAAGCCGAAACGCGUUGUCUGGUUCCAGACUCCGCAGAAAGUUCGCACGUCGCAAACGACCAAGUUCACCUACUACCGUAAAAUAGCGAGAGGGUCCACAUGACUAAGGG